GGGAGUCCACGGCCUUUACAUUUCGACACGUUACACGACCUUUCAAAUUCAAGAAACAAAUUCAUCAACGGAAAACAGAGUGAGAAGAAGAAGAAGAAAAACCCAGUAACAGAUUCUAUUACCUUCCUUACCCUGUUUCAUAUUAAAGCUGCGGCUGCUGUUUAUCCUCCGCCGUUGCUCCGCCACUCUCUCUGACACACUUCUCUCCUCCUGCUUUUUCCCUCUUCUACCGCAGCCGCCCAUCCACGCCGCUGUAGAAUAUGGGGGUCGAUUACUACAACAUUCUCAAGGUCAACCGCAACGCCAGCGAAGAUGAUUUGCGCAAAGCCUACCGUCGUCUCGCCAUGAUCUGGCACCCUGAUAAGAACCCCGGCGCCAAAAAGCACGAGGCAGAGGCCAAGUUCAAACAGAUUUCCGAGGCUUAUGAUGUUCUUAGCGAUCCGCAGAAACGCCAAAUUUAUGAUCUUUAUGGCGAGGAGGCGCUCAAGUCCGGGCAGGUCCCUCCGCCGCCGCGGGGAGGGCCGCACCAUUUCCGUACCCAGCCACAUCCGAAUCCCUCGUUCCGGUUUAACCCCAGGGAUGCGGACGAUAUUUACGCUGAGUUGUUCGGUGGAGGGUCCUCGUCCGAGAGUAAUGGGCGGGCCAGGGGGACUAGGGAUGGGUUCUUCAGGAGCACGGCUAAUGCUGGCGCAGAGUUCUCCGGAGCUGGUACUGUACCAGGCGCGGCGACUAGGAAGGCGCCGGCUGUAGAGAAUAAUUUGUUGUGUAGUUUGGAAGACUUGUACAAAGGGGUUAAGAAGAAAAUGAAGAUCUCGAAGACGAUUCUUGAUGUUUCUGGAAAGGGAAGAGCUUGCAUAACUUGUCUCGGCUAUUUCCGAGCUAAAUAUUCCUCUUUCGAGGACACCACUUCUAUUGAAAUACAGCUAUUCCACUUAGAAAGUCUGCCUAGAACUGUGGAGGAGAUCUUAACGAUAGAGAUAAAACCUGGUUGGAAGAAGGGUACAAAGAUAACCUUUCCUGAGAAGGGAAAUCAAGAGCCUGGUGUCAUUCCGGCUGAUCUUGUCUUUGUGGUUGAUGAAAAACCUCACCCUCUUUUCGUCAGGGAUGGAAAUGAUUUGGUUGUCAAGCAGGAGAUAUCGCUUCUCGAAGCGCUCAUAGGGAAAACCCUGGAACUGACUACAUUGGAUGGAAGAAAUCUUAUGAUCCCAUUGACUGAGGUUGUAAAACCUGGAUACGAGGUAGUGGUACCGAACGAAGGAAUGCCAAUAUCUAAAGAUCCACGCAGGAAGGGAAAUUUACGGGUGAAGAUUGAUGUUAGGUAUCCGGCAAGGCUCACUGAAAUUCAGAAACUAGAACUGAGCAGAGUCUUGGAGGGUACCUGAAGAUUAAGUUUUCUCGUUUCAACUCUGGAGGGGUGAUCAUAUCAACUCAAGUUGAAUAUGCAGCUUUUGGGUGUACAUAUAGGAUGUCAAUUAGGUAGCCUUUAUUAUUAUUAUGUUAUUGUUUUGUUAAAAUUCCUUUCUUUAUGGUCUCUUUACCCUACUCACCGGGUGUGGGGACAAAGGAAUAGUUUCCUGCAUCACAGCUUUUGGUUUAAGAUUAGUAUUAAAGGUGAGUGUUUGAUGGGUUUAUUUUAAUUGUCUUUUAUCUGGUUA